GAGCAGGGAAUGGUACAGAAACAGUGACUUCUCAUCGAGAUGUUCCGUCUCUAUCGCAGGCGGUGGGUGCAUCUCCGUGCCCAGCCACACGAUGGGCGCCUGUGCGUUCCUGCGAGCGCCGGUAUGCUUCGUGCAAAGCAUCGCAAUUAAUCGACAAGUGCAUGAAUACCCGCACGGACAAGAAGCCUUCCAGGGCAUACAUCUCAACCCCUACGAAGAUGACGACCAGGUAACGGGGUGGGCGAUAGACCGCGCGACAGAGGGAACGCCCUUGCCCGAGGCCCUGUUUGAUAGAAUCAAAGCUGAUGAACACCUGCAAUUUUGCCUGGGAAGUCGAGGACUCAGGUGAGGCAGUGUGCCGACG